AUGUCUUCCGGCUCAGCAGCAGCAGACCACGACGAUCUUGUAGCUCAACUCUCAUCCUUGACAGGUCUCCCUCCUUUCGAAGCAGAACAGUACCUCUCAGCAGCAAACGGCGAUUUUCAGACGGCUGCAUCACUCUUCUUCGACGGCGAUUCCGGCUCUCUAGAGAACGAGGCAUCGGAAGGUCAGCGCAAUAUGGCUGGAAACAACAAUAAUCCUGAAGAGAGCGGCGAUGCGGGUGCCACCCCUCCAGUUCCUCAACCAGGCGGCGGAAGGACGCUUGGAGGAGCGUAUGUUCCGCCUGCGGCGUCGUCGUCUUCGGCUUCACAGGGUCAACAGAGGAGGCAGCCGCAGCGGGGAUUGAGGACGUUGAGGGAUUUGCAGCAGUCUGGGGGUUCGGGACAUGGACAUGGGCACGAGCAUGAUGAUGACGAGGAUGAGGACGAUGGGGAUGAGAAUCAGGAUUUCUUUACUGGAGGAGAGAAGUCUGGACUCGCAGUGCAGAACCCGGGGCAGGGGAGUUCGAGAGAUUACAUCAACAACAUCCUGAGGAGGGCAAGACAGAACGCGCCGCGUCCAGGCGGCGACGACGAACAACGACCUCAGUCACGCUUUAGGGGCGCCGGCGUCACCCUGGGAGGCGACGACACAGAAAGCCGCAUCAUUCCCGAUCCGAACGCUUCCAUGCCUCCGCCUCCACCCCGCGCUAAUCGUCAACUGCAUCUCUGGCGCGACGGCUUCUCCGUCGAUGACGGCCCGUUGUACCGCUAUGACGACCCUGCUAAUGCACGCACCCUCGAAAUGAUCAAUACGGGCCAUGCCCCAUUGCACAUUCUGAACGUCGAGCAGGGCCAAGAGGUCGACGUGGAGGUUCACCCGCACAAGGACGAGGACUACAAGCCGCCAAAGAAGAAGUACGUUCCCUUCUCCGGUGCCGGCCAGCGCCUAGGAAGUCCCACCCCCGGUGUGACAUCUGCCGCUCCUCCCGCUCCGGCUGCAACGUCUAGUACCACCGGGUCCGCGCAACCGACCGUCGAAAUCGAUGAUUCGGUUCCGACCAUCACUUUGCAGAUUCGGCUGGGCGAUGGCACCAGGUUGCAGUCCAGGUUCAAUACUACGCAUACGGUUGGCGAUGUGUACGGGUUCGUGACGGCGGCGAAUCCAGCAAGUCGUGAGAGGCCGUUUGCGCUUAUGACGACCUUUCCGAGCAAGGAGCUGGCGGAUAAGGCGCAGGUGCUGGGGGAGAUGGCGGAGUUUAAGAGGGGUGGGGUGGUGGUGCAGAAGUGGGUGUAG